CCCAGACCGGCGUGCGGUCUCACGCGGUCCCGGCCGGUCUCGGGGACUGUGGGCCUGAGGAGGCGGCGACCGCAAGGAGCGCCGGCCGGACGCCACAACCAGUGGGGAGAGCGUAGUCCCCACAACCCUCCUUGGUCUGCACCCUGCCCCGUUGGAAGAUAGCUUCUCUUGUUCCUGGCUGUGAGCUGCCUGGCAUGGUGCUGGGAGAGGCCUCUGAGUCUACUCAGUGUCCAUCCCUCGCCAGCCCGAAUACCAAGGAUGUGGCUCGGAAAAGACACAAGAGGAGAAGCCGGCAGCACCAGCGGUUCAUGGCCCGCAAAGCCUUGCUGCAGGAGCAGGAGCUGUGGAACAUGGCACCAGGGCCAGGACCCUGCCCUCUGCCCUCCCCAUCACAGACAUCAGCAGACACAGAGGCUUCGGGCAGCAGAAAGCAGCGUCCCAAAGCCACGUCUAGCAGCGGUGGCCCAUGCAGCAAAAGGCCUGUCCCCGGAGAGACCCCAAGGCGUGGGCCUAGCAAAUGUGUUGCCAUUGACUGUGAGAUGGUGGGCACGGGCCCUCGUGGGCGGGUGAGCGAGCUGGCCCGCUGCUCUGUGGUGAGUUACAGUGGCGAUGUUCUCUACGACAAGUACAUCCGGCCUGAGAUGCCCAUCGUGGACUACCGCACCCGCUGGAGUGGCAUUACCCACCAGCACAUGCGUAAGGCCAUCCCCUUUCAGGUGGCCCAGAAAGAGAUCCUUAAGCUCUUGAAGGGCAAGGUGGUGGUGGGCCAUGCACUGCACAAUGACUUCCAGGCCCUCAAGUAUGUUCAUCCUCGGAGCCAGACCCGGGAUACCACUUACGUCCCAAACCUGCUCAGCCAGCCCAGCUCCCACACCCGAGCUCGAGUCUCUCUGAAGGACCUGGCCCUGCACCUGCUGCACAAGAAGAUCCAGGUAGGUCAUCAGGGACACUCAUCUGUGGAAGACGCCAUGACAGCCAUGGAGCUCUACCAGCUGGUGGAGGUGCAGUGGGAACAAGAGGCCAGCAACGCCCAGGCCCUUCCUGAGGACAGGGGAUCCGACAGCAGCACUGACGUGGAGCAGUACAUGGAGGAUCAGUACUGGCCUGAUGAGCUGUCCCAGAGCACCAGUGCAGAAAUCAGGGAGGCCCAGGAAGGAAGGGAGUGAGACGAAGGAACAGUGAGUGGGAGAGCCAGAAGUGGUCCUCCCUAGACAGACAGGGUAGGUAGUAGCCUGGAAGACGGGGCAGAGCACUCACUUGACCACAUGCUGGUUCACAGCACCACCUCCUGUGACUAAGGGAUGCUUUUCCCAAAUCCCUGUGGGUUUGCUAAUGACACCAGGCAGGCUGUGUCCUAGUGCCUAACAGAUACAGGGAAAGUGCCACAGAACUGUCCAAAGUUGUCACUGGCUUCCUGAGCCAAGUCUUCUGCGGUCACUGCUGUGCUACUCUGGGAUAAAGCAUCUAUCUCUCCUGGAGUGGUGGGUGUGGUCGGUGUCCAGGACUCCCUCUUCCAUCACUGGCAGGGUGAUGUUCAUUCAGUUGCUGUUGCUACCUCUCUUCCUCCACAGAUAUGUUCAAAAUGACAGUAACUUAAAGAGUUAAGUAAGGCCCUUGAGAAAGACAUGCGUUCCCUGUCUGUUACUUUCUUAAUAGAUGUCCUAUGUCCUAAGGGUAACUUUAGGGGACUAUGUUACUAAGCAAGGACUCUAAUAAAACCUCAUCAUUACUGCCUUGAGACAUUGGGCAAGCCUGUGACUUCCCUGUUGAGCCUGUUUCCCCUCUCUAAGUUGGGGAGAGUGACAGACCUACCUCUUGGGUGUCUAGGUGCGUUGUGCGCAUCCUCAUGAUGGGAGUGAAAGUGCUCUAUUCAGGCCGGUGCAUGACUUCUGAGCAGCUGUGUCCCUGGCAGGACUCUUGUUGGGCUUUCCCAGCAGAUGAGGUGGGGGCCAGGGCAAGAGCAUUGUAGGGGAGUUCUGAGUUCUCAACAGGUCCUGCUACAAGCUUUUGGCUUCACGUCAGCAUCUGGCCACUGUGUUUGGGAAAGUGACAGCGGUAACCCAGACAGGGUCAGAAAGGAAGGAACACUAGUGAGACCACACUUCCAGCUGUCAGUCCUGAUGGCACAAAACCUUAGUUGAGUCAUGGAUUGUAUGCUUGCUCGCUCCUCCCUGCCAGGGAAGAGGAAGCUGGCUGAAUCAUCACUGUGGCCCGGCGCCAGGGGUAAGCUCUUGCUUCCUUAAAAAGCAGCAACUUGUGCCAACCUCACUGCUGGGUAGUUUGAUGGCUUCAUUUGUGGCUUGAAGGGUGGUGGAACCGGUAACCUGUGGAAGUAUACUGUGAGAAAGAACUAUCUUGUACUGAACCAUUAAUGCAGGAAUAAUAAAUUAUAAAGCUCAA